CUCUCCGAGGAUGCUCUGCGCAUGCGCGCCGCAGUCAGUCGGGUGUGGCAGACUUUCCUCAGUGAUUCUCAUCUCCGCAGUCAUGGCGCAGGGCCUCCGGGAGCGCUUCGAGCGCUUCCUCCAGAAGGAGAACGCGCUGACGGCCGUCCUGGCCCAACUCGAGGCCCGCAGCGGAGUCAGCCGGACGUACAUCGCUCUCGGUGUGAUCGGAAUCAUCGCGGUGUACCUGGUGGUUGGGUACGGAGCCUCCCUGCUGUGCAACCUCAUCGGCUUCCUGUACCCCGCCUACAUCUCAAUCAAGGCCAUUGAAAGCGCCACCAAGGAGGAUGACACCAAGUGGCUCACCUACUGGGUGGUGUACGGGGUCUUCAGCGUGGCGGAGUUCUUCGCUGACAUCUUCCUGUCUUGGUUCCCAUUCUACUACAUUGGAAAGUGUGCCUUCCUGGUUUGGUGCAUGGCUCCCACCCCCUCCAACGGGUCGGUGCAGAUCUAUCACCGCGUCAUCCGGCCGUUUUUCCUGAAGAACGAGAACAGGAUCGAUGACGCCAUGAAGAACCUGAAGGACUCGGCUUCAGACGCUGCCGACAAGAUCAGGGAUGAAGCCAAAAAAGCCACAGCUAACCUGAUAUUUGAGGAGAAGAAGAGCUCCUGAAGGAGGAGGCCUGGGUCUGGUCCUGGUGUUUCCAUGUUUCUGCUUCCCGUCAGUGAAAUGUUCCCCCAUGAUGGAGAUCUGCUUGAGCUAAAUAAAACUAGAUGAAGUGAAGUGUCUGAAAAUAUCCGCCUGUCAUCAGAAAACGCGUCUUAAUCCUCAGAUUGAAGUUAAAUCUGUCAGACUUUGAUUGUUUAUGAAUGAAGGAGCUGAUCAAUAAAUGAUGUGCUUAAGACCCA